ACACUUGUAUCCAGUGUAAAUAAACGUCCUGAUUUCUCAACUACUGGCCAAUGGGAAAUUAUCACUGAAAAAGGUGGUCAAAAAGAAUCAGCUGUCUUCGAUGCUGUAAUGAUUUGUUCUGGGCAUCAUGUAUACCCCCAUCUACCAAAAGAGUCCUUUCCAGGAAUAACAUGUUUCAAAGGCAAAUGCUUCCACAGCAGGGAUUAUAAGGAACCAGGAAUGUGGAAGGGGAAGCGAGUCCUGGUGAUCGGCCUGGGAAACUCGGGCUGUGACAUUGCUGCGGAGCUCAGCCACGUAGCCCAACAGGUCAUCAUCAGCUCCAGAAGUGGAUCCUGGGUAAUGAGCCGAGUCUGGGACAGUGGCUAUCCUUGGGACAUGAUGUUUAUCACUCGUUUUCAAACCUUCCUCAAGAACAACUUGCCAACAGCCAUCUCUGACUGGUGGUACAUGAGGCAGAUGAACGCAAGAUUCAAGCAUGAGAACUAUGGCUUGAUGCCUUUAAAUGGAACCCUGAGGAAAGAACCCGUGUUCAAUGAUGAGCUCCCAGCACGCAUUCUGUGUGGUACUGUGUCCAUCAAGCCUAAUGUGAAGGAGUUCACAGAGACCUCUGCCAUUUUUGAGGAUGGAACUGUGUUUGAAGCCAUUGACUGUGUCAUCUUUGCAACAGGCUAUGGCUAUGCCUACCCCUUCCUAGAUGACUCCAUCAUUAAAAGCAGAAAAAAUGAGGUCACCUUAUAUAAAGGCAUCUUCCCUCCUCAACUAGAGAAAUCAACCAUGGCAGUAAUUGGCCUUGUCCAGUCUCUAGGGGCUGCCAUUCCCACAACUGACCUGCAGGCCCGCUGGGCUACACAAGUAAUAAAGGGAACUUGUGUUUUGCCUUCUGUAGAAGACAUGAUGGAUGACAUUGAUGAGAAAAUGGGGAAAAAGCUCAAAUGGUUUGGCAAAAGUGAGACCAUCCAGACAGAUUAUAUUGUUUAUAUGGACGAACUGGCCUCCUUUAUUGGGGCAAAGCCUGACAUCCUACAGCUGUUCCUCACAGAUCCCAGGUUGGCCAUGGAAGUGUUCUUUGGCCCUUGUAGCCCCUACCAGUUCCGGUUAGUCGGUCCAGGGAAGUGGCCAGGGGCUAGACACGCCAUCUUAACCCAGUGGGACCGGUCACUGAAACCUAUGAAGACACGUGUCGUCAGGGGUGUUAAGACACUUUGCUUAUUCUCCCAGUUGUUCAAGUUCCUUGCUAUUGCUAUUCUGUUAAUUGCUCUUUUCCUUGUAUUGGUCUAGUGAUUAUUCCUUCUAGAAUUCUGACAGUUACUGACAAUAUCUAGGCAAGAACUUUGCUAUUUAAAAGUUCAAAUUUUCACAGCUCUUCCUUUCCUAUUUAGGACCAUUUGUCAGUAGGCAUUAACCAGAGAAACAAUGUUCUGGGUUUGUAAAUAAUCCCCUUUAAGAUGAUGGCCUGAUCAUCAAAGAAUAUAAAUCAUUUCUCUUUAAAUCUUAUUAACACUUCAUAAUGAGUAUUAUAUUUUUAUGUCUAACUUGAAUCAUCUCAUGGAAUAUUUAGAUAUGAUUCCUUUUCUCUUUUAAACAAUAUUUGAAAUACAUAUUUCAAAUCUAAACAAAGAAUAAAUUAAACAGAAGAACAUUUAGAAUAUAAUCUUCUCUAGCUGCCUCUAUAAAUCAUUCAUAGACAUGGGGGGGAGACUUUGGCUAUUACAUUCUAUUUUUAUUUCAUACAGAAUACUCCAGAAAAUGCCUCCUGUUUCCUAGUCAAGAAACACAGUAUAGAAAUCUGACCAAUAUUAAAGGUAAAUGCAAACCAACAUCCAGCAACAAAAUAAUCACAAUAGUAAGUAGAGUAUGCCUUUAGUUGAAAUUGUUUCUUUCCCCUUCAGUGGAAAGUAUGGAGUGGUGGUAUUCACUCUGAGAUUUUUGCAUUUUCUGAUAUCCUGGAUGCUAACCCGAGAAUGUCCUUCCAAAAAUGAGCUCAGUCCUCCUAAAUGCAAAACUUAGCCAAACUUAACUUGCAUUCCAAUCUCUGCUUAAAAAUCAAUACUCUCAUUAUUCUACAUAAAAUGAUAAUGCGUUCGGACUCUCUAACCCCUCCCUUGCUUUGUUUUUCUUCAUGACAUCUUGCAGAGCCUGUAUUUAUUUGUGAAUAAUCUGUGCCCCCUCCUUAGAAUGUAAGCUCUGAAGAGCAGGAACACUUUGUCCACUGCUGUAUCCCCAGUGCCUGGAAGAGUACCUGACAACUAGUCCCCAGCCAAUAAAUAUCUGCCAUUCUUGUUGAAACCACAGUU